AUGUCAGAGAAACUGAGUCAAUUUAACUGCACAAUUAAAUACAUUGAGGGAUCAAAAAAUGUCCUUGCAGAUGCUCUAUUGCGGAUGUAUAGUGAGGACAAGAAAGGCACUGAGCAUGCAGAGAGCAAGUUUGUGCCAGACUACAAGGAGGAAGACAGCAUACAGGAUGCACACGUGCAUAACCAAUCAGUGACCUGGCCAGUAGUAACCAGAAUGGCAGCCAAGGUGGCAAGUGAGAGCCAGACCACAUUGGCAGGUGUCAGACAAAACCCAGAGUGCAAGAGAAUGGCACCAGUCUGUUACAACCCAGAAAUACCAGGAAGAGCAGGGCAAAGGACCAGGGCACUGCGUAACCAAGGAAAUGAGCGCAUGAAAGAAGAUUGGAACCCUGACAUACAUGAUGAAUUUGUUGGGGAACAAAAUGCAGAAAGAGAUCUGAGAGAAACCAAACCCAACAAAAGAGAAGAGACCUCACCAGCAAGCAUUGAGCUGGAGGGCAGGAGUUGGGCGGACAACAAACAGGACAAGUGGGAACCAUUGGACUGCUCAGAUCACCAACAGAUUACAACGCUGGUAAAAGAAUUAGACAUGAAUGAGGCAAUAGCAAAUGGCUACCAGAGUGACAAAGAGUAUGCAAAGAUAGUGAACAAACCAUUGCAAUUUGCUCAAUUUGAGCUACGUGACAAUUUACUAUAUUUCACAGAGCACAGUAGGACGUACCUAUGCAUCCCAGACACUACAGUUGGGGAAUGGCACAUACAGACAUUACUGAUAUCUCAUGUGCACUCAAUAGUAUCACACCUAGGAUACAAGAAGACAUAUGCAUACAUGAGGGAAAGCCUGUAUUGGAAAAAUAUGGCUAAAGACAUGGAGAAAUUCUGCACAGCAUGCAUGUCUUGCGCAUCAUCCAAGAAGUUGACUCAGAAACCAUAUGGGCUACUGAAACCAUUACCAGUACCCAAAUACCUGUGGGCACAAAUUGGCAUCAAUUUCCUGGGACCAUUAAUGGAAUCCGCAACCCUACUGGGUAAAUUUGACAUGGUAUGUGUGGUAAUUGACCACCUUACGUGCAUGGCGCACUUGAUACCAACAAGGUUGGACUACACAGCCUGCAACAUGGCCAAGGUAUUUCAAGCAAAUGUCUUUAGGCUGCACAGGGUACCCAAGAUCAUCAUUAGCAAUAGAGACAAGUUAUUUACAUUGAUCUUCUGGAAGACGCUCUAUGAACUAUUAGGUACCAAACUGAGACUAUUGUUGGCAUUCCACCCACAGAUGGAUGGGCAGACCAAAAGACUCAUAUGCACAAUACUGGCGCUGAUACGUGUGUGCAUAAACCCACCAUUGAGAGACUGGGCAACCAAAUUACCUAGUAUUGAGUUUGCAGUAAACUUGACUAGAUUGGAAACCACUGGGUUCAGUCCAUUUGCACUGAAUUACGGACAAACCCCAUGUCCAAUAUUAGUGCAAACCAAUACUGACAUGUACAGGGUACGCAACACGGCCUGCAACAUCAAAUACGCACUAAUGAUAGCACACAAUGCCAUCAUUGGUUUGCAAAUAAGUCAGAUGGUUGAAGCUAACAGGCAUAGAAGACUUUCACCAUUUAAGACCAACAACUUAGUAUAUGUUAGUACCAAGAACAUGAGAGUGCCACUGGGGAAACCACACAAGCUACUGGCGCAAUGGAUUGGGCCAGUAAGAAUAUACAUUGUGGUCAAGGAAGGGGCCACUUACCAUGUAGAGUUGCCCCACAACUUGAAGCAAAGAGGAAUAAAGCCAAUAUUCCACGCAUUGCUACUGAAACCACAUGUACCAUAUGAGGAUUGUUGCUUCCCAGGAAGGAACUACAAGCAGAUAGCCUCCUUAGAAGCCAAUGAUGAUGAAUGGGCGGUUGAGCAGAUAGGUGGACAUUGUGGCAAAGGGAAUAACGCAAUGUUUGAGAUAGUAUGGCAAUUGGGAGACCAUACCUGGGAAUCAUACCGCAUGGUACAGCACCUUGAGGCCCUAAGACAAUAUUUUGAAGCCUUAGGAAUCAGCUGCACUAAAGAGCUACUGUGGAAAGAAGACAGGGAAGUACUGUACAAUGAGCUUAGUGAUAGUGGGUCUGAAACCCUUGAAUGA